UCCUCAGAGGAGCAAAGGCGGCGCUCACUCCGAUCCCCACACCGAAACAGAAAGAGGGGGAAAAAAACUAGACAGGGGGGGGGGAAACAGCUGUACGCGCGUCUUUGGCCUUUUCCAGCUGUUUGGCGACGUUUCUGUGCGUAAAAACGCACCGAAGUCGCAUUUUCUGCGCGUAAAAACGCACCGAAGUCGCGUUUUUUUCAAGAAGCAACUUUCACCACCGAGAAGCGGAAGAUGCUGGCCAGGAAAAGCAUCAUCCCGGAGGAGUUCGGUCUGCCGGGGCUCGCCUCCCGCAUGCCCCGCAAGCCGGUGUUCCGGGACCGCGUCAACAAAGCCCGCUUCAUCGCCAAGAACGGCUCCUGCAACCUGGCGCACAAGAACAUCCGCGAGCAGGGCCGCUUCCUGCAGGACGUGUUCACCACGCUGGUGGACCUGAAGUGGCGCUUCACGCUGGUCAUCUUCACCACCACGUUCGUGAGCAGCUGGCUGCUGUUCGCCAUGAGCUGGUGGCUGGUGGCGUUCGCGCACGGAGACCUGGACCCGGAGCGCAGCAACGGCACCGACUGCGUCACUGCGGUCAAGUCCUUCACCUCAGCCUUCCUGUUCUCCAUCGAGGUCCAGGUGACCAUCGGCUUCGGGGGACGCAUGAUAACGGAGCAGUGUCCCACUGCCAUCACCGUACUCAUCAUGCAGAACAUCGUGGGACUCAUCAUCAAUGCCGUCAUGUUGGGUUGUAUCUUUAUGAAGACGGCUCAGUCGAACCGUCGGGCAGAGACUCUGAUCUUCAGCCGUCACGCUGUGAUCGCUGUGAGGAACAACCACCUGUGCUUCAUGAUUCGUAUCGGAGAUCUGAGGAAGAGCAUGAUUAUAGGAGCCACUGUCCGCUUACAGGUGGUGAGGAAGACGACCACCCCCGAGGGCGAGGUGAUCCCCAUCCACCAGAUCGACGUCCAGACGGAGAGCGCCGUGGCCAGCAACAGUCUGUUCCUGCUCGCGCCGCUCAUCAUCUGCCAUACCAUCGACAAAAACAGCCCGCUGUAUGACCUGUCAGCCAUGGAGCUGCAGUGCAGCGACCUGGAGGUGAUUGUCAUCUUGGAGGGGGUUGUGGAGACAACAGGGAUCACCACGCAGGCUCGGACCUCCUACGUAUCUGAGGAAAUCCAGUGGGGUCACCGGUUUGUUCCCAUAGUUACAGAGGAGGAGGGCGUCUACUCGGUGGACUACUCCAAAUUUGGCAACACAGUAAAGGUGGCAACGCCGCGCUACAGCGCGAGGGAGCUGGACGAGAAGCCGUCCAUCUUAAUCCAGACCCUUCAGAAGAGCGAGCUGUCACACCAGAACUCCCUGAGGAAGCGAAACUCCAUGCGACGAAACAACUCCAUGCGGAAAGGAGGUGGGAGCAGCGGGAGCCUGCGCAGGAACAACUCGGGGAUCGCUUCACCCAAAGUCCAGUUCUUCACCCCGUCCGACGGCGGCCACAACCUGAAUGCCGUCACCUGACAUGAGGCCUGCCUCCUGCUGACUGGCCUGCUGCUCCUGCUGGGGCGGAGGACGGUGGCCCUGCCACUUACUCUCAUGGGACUCUUUCUUUUCCCCAUCUUAUCUCGACUCAUGGUUCGACAUAGUUACUGUUGAUGUUGCGCUUUUUUUUCCUUUAGCUGUUAAACCGACCCAUUUUCACAAAACUCACAAACUAGAUUUUUUAAACCGAUUAUUUAUGUCCCCAAAAGUCUUAAUAACAUACAGCACUUUAAAUACCGCAACCCUCAAUUUGCACAGUAAAACAUUAGCAAGAGAGAUAAUCAUACAUGGCAGCGCUUCUAACAGAUUGGUACCCUGUUCAAGUGGUCCAUGUAGCUUCCUGUUAUUUAUCAGUGAAAGUUUUUAUAGCACAAACUGUUAGUUGUGAGGGAAAACCAAACUUCCUUAUCUUGCUAUCAUUGCCUUUGAUAUUACUGAGCGUAACUGGUAUUUCCUCUCAUUUCUGUCACUUCUAAAUGUGUGUGCAUCAUUAAACAUCUGGUUAUUUUCUUUUUACUGCUUGUGGGAGAUGUGCAGCUCACUUAAUGUUCUUUUGUUCAUUAAAGUUAUGGUUUAUCUACAAAGAAUGAUGAUGAAUGUCAUCGCUGUACUAUCAUCUGUUGGAUGUGUCACUGUUGCACUCUUGUGCUUUUUGAGAUUAAAUGGGCCCACUUCAUAUAAAUAUGAUUUCAAUUUCAUUAUAACUCAAAUAAUGACAUGUCUAAGACAUUUACGUCACUACAACAUCAAUUCAACCUUUAUUUAUCUCCGGAAGCUGCUGCAUACUGAGUAUUAAUCAAGUUCAGAUAUGCCAGGAAAUCUGGAGACGUGCUAGUGUGCAGGAUAGUUGACUAGAGCAAGUCAUGUGAGAGUCGAAUGAAAAGAAAAUGAUUUUCUCUGCCAGAGCCAAAAUAAAAUCUCAAAAAGUCAUUAUUUUAAUCCAUCAUCCAU